GGGCCAGUCGGUUGCAAAUGGCGACAGCCACGAAGUCUCUGGCACGGGCUCGCGACUAGUUCCACGCCUACCGUGCGCCCCGCGAGCGAGCCGUGCGCGUAACGCCAGCCCCAGCGCCCCAGAUACGGUAGUCUCGAGCAAGACGAGGCAAGAUGCCGGCCGUCAGAGGAGAUGGUAUGCGUGGAUUGGCGGUAUUCAUAUCUGACAUCAGGAAUUGCAAAAGUAAAGAGGCAGAGAUUAAGAGAAUUAACAAGGAACUAGCAAACAUUCGCAGCAAGUUUAAAGGAGACAAAACGCUCGAUGGAUAUCAGAAAAAGAAAUACGUUUGCAAGUUGCUGUUCAUCUUUCUUCUCGGCCACGAUAUCGAUUUUGGACAUAUGGAAGCUGUCAAUCUACUUUCAUCAAAUAAGUAUUCGGAAAAACAAAUUGGAUAUCUCUUCAUAUCGGUCCUAGUGAACACCAAUAGCGAUCUGAUCAAGUUAAUCAUACAAAGUAUAAAAAAUGAUCUCGCCUCGCGCAAUCCAAUUCACGUUAAUCUGGCGCUGCAAUGCAUCGCCAAUAUCGGUAGCAAGGAUAUGGCGGAAGCCUUCGGCAAUGAAAUUCCAAAAUUGCUCGUCUCAGGAGAUACCAUGGACGUCGUGAAGCAAAGUGCUGCGCUGUGUCUGCUACGGCUGUUACGGACAGCUCCCGAUGUCGUACCUGGUGGUGAAUGGACGUCGCGUAUAGUUCAUCUGUUGAACGACCAACAUCUGGGCGUUGUAACAGCCGCGGCGUCGCUCAUAGACGCUCUCGUGAAAAGAAAUCCCGACGAAUACAAGGGCUGCGUUAGUCUUGCAGUUUCGAGAUUAAGUAGGAUUGUUACAUCGAGUUAUACAGACCUGCAGGAUUAUACAUAUUACUUUGUGCCAGCCCCGUGGUUAUCUGUCAAGUUGCUACGUUUGCUGCAGAACUAUACUCCACCAGCCGAAGAUCCAGGUGUGAGAGGCAGAUUAAACGAGUGUCUAGAAACAAUAUUAAACAAAGCUCAAGAACCACCAAAGUCAAAGAAGGUCCAGCACUCAAACGCGAAGAAUGCUGUACUCUUUGAAGCCAUUAGUUUAAUUAUCCACAACGAUAGCGAGCCGAAUCUCCUUGUACGGGCAUGCAACCAGCUUGGCCAAUUUUUAUCGAACCGUGAGACCAAUUUGCGAUACUUGGCACUUGAAUCCAUGUGCCACUUGGCUACCUCGGAAUUCUCGCACGAAGCCGUAAAGAAACACCAAGAAGUAGUAAUAUUAUCAAUGAAGAUGGAAAAGGAUGUUUCCGUCAGACAGCAAGCGGUAGACCUGUUAUAUGCCAUGUGUGAUAAAAGUAAUGCCGAGGAGAUUGUUCAGGAAAUGCUAAACUAUCUGGAAACAGCUGAUUACUCGAUUAGAGAAGAGAUGGUCCUUAAAGUAGCGAUUCUAGCGGAAAAAUACGCGACUGACUACACCUGGUAUGUCGAUGUUAUCCUAAACCUGAUUAGGAUAGCAGGUGAUUACGUCUCUGAGGAAGUUUGGUAUCGAGUUAUACAAAUCGUUAUCAAUCGAGAUGAUGUUCAGGGUUACGCUGCGAAAACCGUCUUCGAGGCACUGCAAGCCCCUGCUUGCCACGAAAACAUGGUUAAAGUCGGUGGUUACAUACUUGGAGAGUUCGGUAAUCUCAUAGCUGGUGACCAGCGGUCUUCUCCAGCUGUCCAGUUUCAACUACUACAUUCCAAAUAUCAUUUAUGCUCUCCUAUGACUCGAGCAUUGCUGCUUUCAACGUACAUAAAGUUUGUCAAUCUGUUCCCUGAAAUACGAAGUCAGAUACAAGAUGUCUUCAGGCAGCAUAGUAAUCUACGUAGCGCGGAUGCUGAGCUGCAACAGAGAGCAUCGGAAUACUUACAACUGAGCAUUAUCGCUUCAACUGAUGUCUUGGCCACCGUGUUGGAAGAAAUGCCAGCGUUCCCCGAAAGAGAAUCCUCUAUUCUUACAGUUUUAAAGAAGAAGAAACCGGGUCGAGUACCAGAGAACGAAAUUAGAGAGAGCAAGAGUCCAGCGCCGAACACUAAUCAUCACACUGAACCUCCCGCUGCUCCUACAACCGUGACAAUUAACAAUUCUUCUGCUGAUCUGCUAGGAUUGUCGACUCCACCUUCGUCUCAACCGUCUAGUAAUACAGGCGUGUUGCUUGAUGUUUUGGGAGAUAUUUAUAACAUGCCAAAUAAACUUGGUGCUACCAAUGGCACCCAAAAUACAUACAACCCGAAAAAGUUUGUUUGUAAAAAUAACGGUGUCUUGUUCGAAAAUGACUUGAUACAAAUCGGUGUAAAAUCAGAGUUUAGACAAAAUCUUGGACGUGUAGGUCUUUUUUACGGAAACAAGACGCAACACGCUUUACACAGUUUUCAACCACAACUAUCUUGGUCAGAUGAGAAUCAAGCAAAAUUAGCUGUACAAGUAAAAUCUGUUGAUCCUACAUUGGAAGCUGGCGCUCAGAUCCAGCAAAUGAUCAAUGCAGAAUGUAUUGACGACUAUAAUGAUACGCCGAGCAUGAUUAUCUCCUUUAUUUACAACAAUGUGCCACAGAAGAUUACGAUGAAGUUACCAUUAACAAUUAAUAAGUUCUUCGAACCAACAGAGAUGAAUGGAGAAUCAUUCUUUGCAAGAUGGAAAAAUCUUGGCGGAGCAAAUCAACAACGAUCGCAAAAGAUUUUCAAAGCGCAGCAACCGAUGGAUCUAACGCAAGUACGCACGAAAUUACAAGGAUUUGGGAUGCAGUUGCUCGACGGCAUUGACCCGAAUCCCGAUAACUUUGUCUGCGCCGGUAUCGUUCAUAUGAGAGCGCAGCAAGUGGGUUGCCUGUUGCGUCUUGAACCUAAUAAACAAGCCCAGAUGUUUCGUUUAACGGUACGUUCGAGUAAAGAAUCGAUGUCGGUAGAGAUCUGUGACCUGCUGGUGGACCAAUUUUAAACGGCCUAGCAGGCGUAAAUAUUAUCGAGAAAUUAGCACUACGUCGUGAGAGGACAUAUCAUUAUCGAACGAUGAUGUCAUCUCGCGUCGUUCAAAAAGAUACUGAUGGUUAUUAUUUGUUAAGAAAUAUUUGCGUUGUACCCAAGCUUACACUCAUAACGCUCUAAUAUAAAAUCUAUAUCUUCGUGUAGGUAGUUUCGUGUCACUAUAUAUCAUUUUAUCGAAGAGGCAUAAGUUUGAAUCAGGAUUAUCGAAAUCAGGUACAGAAAGAACGAGGGACGUGUACAUGAACUGGCUAUGACAGACAGUAUUAUCUCACAAUUGAGGAUACUAAAGUGUGGAUCUGUUUUGAAUGCGUCUACAUCUUACAUUACAACCUACAAUUUAAGUGAAUGAAGCAAGAAUGCGAUAUGGAGAAAGGGAAUGAAAAAGCUAGAUAUUUUAGUUAUGGAUAUGUAUGUACUGUAGAAGCACUCGAGCCGUCAUAGAAACAAAGCAAAUAAGAUUUUUUUUACAGAGUCUUAUAAUACAAGUAUCCCUCCGUACCGUUACAAUUUAUAUAGUUUUUAAACAUCAAUUGAGCUUUGUUCAUUAAGAGAUGGAAUAUUUCUCUUUGCACAUCAUUUUAUUUUAUAUCGUUUUGUACCUACGCGUCGUAAGUUUUGUUCAUAUUCAUGAAUUGCUUGCAUCGAUAUUUUGCCAUGAGAUUGCCGCGUGAUCGAGAGUAGAUUUGGGCACAAUGACAGUAGUUGUAUAAUAUGAGCUGUUUAACUAUAGAUAUCCGUAUAUUUAACGGAGCUGCGAAAUAAUUAUUGUGUAUAAUUAAUAGUUUAUAUUUAAUUGUCUUUGUCCCGAUCAUGAUUUUGAACAAUGUCCUAGAUUUUCUAUCAUUGAUGUAUAAAUCCAUGGCUGGUCAUUUCUACGUUUGCAAGAUGCGAUGGGAGGUAUGUCGUAUUAGUAAAUCAUUAAUUGAAAUCUAAAUGUUUUGCAGGUUAACUAUUUGUAACUAUAGAAGUACGUUUUAUUAUCUUCAGAGUCUUGCGUAAGAUGUAUAUUUCAGUAGAGUGCACAACUCUGUACAGAUAAUAUUUACUAAUGUGUUGAAGUUUUGUGGAAUGCGUUUUAUAAUGAUAACAGCGGAAAGAGCAGCUCUAAAUAUGAUUUAAAUAUCGCUUUACAAUGAUCGGUGACAUGAUCGUUACCGAUUUUGUAAAGCUUUACACAAUUGUACAUAUGAAAUUUAUCACAAAUGGCUAUAAAGAUUUUCAGGAUAGAUUGCGCUAAUUCGUAGCCAUACAAGCUCAAAUUUGUUUCUUAUUCUUCAAUUAUUCUUUAUUUUUCAGGGAAGUAAGAUGUAUAUUUUUCAUAUUCAUGUAGAUGUAAAUCCAUGUCUAGUGUUUCCAUUAUAUUCCUUUUCCUUUAGAUUGUAUAAUGUAUUAGCUGUAUUUUAAUUAUAGUAUAAUCCGGUCGAGAGAACACGGCGCUAUCAGUU